AUGAUGGAACUGAUCGGGGCUCGUGAGGUCUUGGACGGGCUAGAAGAGGCCACCGCCAAUGCCAAGGAGGAGGCCAUAUCGUCGACCAAAGAGAAUGUGGUGGGUCAGCCCAACACAACCGAGCGGGAAGUCUCACCGGUGACAGACCAAGCAACCACGGAUGGUGCAACAGAGGGAAGGCCCCUAGCGGGGGCUAAGAAGAGAGGAAGGCCAAGAGGGCAAUAUGCGCACAGCUGA